AUGGACCAUUCAGACGAUGACGAUUCUCCUAUUUCAGAGAUACAUUCAAAAACAAAUCCAAAUUGUUCGACUAUCCAAAAUGAUUGCUCAGUUCAUAGUGCUGGAUUCGGUCUUUUUCAAUCUCCUUUAAAAUCUCAAAACACUGGAAGAAUUUCCAAAAAUAACCCUUAUAUACAUCGGAUUGGUUUUUCACCACCACCAACAAGCGAUUUCGAAUUUCAGGAGUCCAAGUAUACAGCACAAGCGGCAGCAGUUUUUCAACCGAUACCUUUUACUUCAGUUUCCCAGCAUAUUUUUGUAAAUUCAGAUGAUUCUUGCACUAUAGAAGAUGUUUGCCCAAAGCCUGAAGAUGGCACUGACACUCUCUACCUUCCACAAUAUUAUGAAUCAUGUAAUGCUAAAAGUUUCCAACAAGAGGAGAAACAUAUGAUUGAAGCGUUGGCUACAUUCUACGACCAUAAGAAUUUUGAAAGUUUAUUUGCGAAAGAUCUUGACUGCUUUCCCAACACAGUGGGUGAUCUUUUUGUAUUUGAAAAACUUUUAGAGACAACAUUAUCAAACCCUAAAGCCUCAAAUAUGGUGACGACUUGCCUCAAUACUCUUAUUCAACAGAAUUGCGGAAAGUCAACUUGUGAUAACUUUAUUAAAAAUAUGUUAGAAGAACAGAAAGAUUUGGACUCCACAAUAAAUACAUCGUUAAACAAAGAUAUUCUGAAAUAUUUGGUGGAUCAUUCCGAUUCAGCAACAGCUCCCAAUUUAUUUGGAUCAGGUUCAAAAAAGGUUUUCUUCUGCGUAAACUACUGUUGUGCUUUUACUGGAGAUCGCAAAGAUGAUGAGUGUUGCUUUCAAUGCUCUACUCCAAGGUCACGUCACAAUUAUGGCUGGUAUAUUUCUCCAAUUAUUAUGAUUCGCAAGCUUUUUUUGGAUUCAAAAUUUUGCGAAAUUCUUAGGUUCACCCACAGAAAGGAUGACAAUUACAUUCGUGACGUUUGGGAUGCGGAAUAUAUUCACGAGCUCGAAGACAAAGGUAUCAAAACCAGCCCUUAUAAAACUAUGUUCAAUGGUAAAGAAAUGGAUGUUGUUCCUCUUUUUUUUGGACUAAUUGCCGACAGUGGCGACGUAUUUCAGAAUGGAAAUUUUGAAAUCAUGAACACUUUUUUGACACUAUACAACAUUCCUGCUAGUAUGAGAGCUUUGACCAAGUAUUGCUUCCCGGUAAUGCUUUACCCCAAAAAAAAUUUUAAUAACAAACCUCCAAAUUAUUCUACUUUUUUGCAGACUAUAGUUGAUGAUUUCGAUCGUAUGAAAAAUGGUUUUAUAGUGCGUGUUGGCAGCAACUGGAAAUAUAUUAUUGUGACAUGCCACUUAGUUUUUUUUAAUGGAGACAUGACUGUGCGGUCUGAUGCUUCAGGCAUUGUUGCUCCCUCCGGAAACUUCAGUUGUUUAAAUUGUUAUGUGCCUACUUCAAAGCUUGGUGGUAAACCUUCUUUUAUUAAGCCUGAUCCCUGCGAUCCGGAGCGAUAUUUGCAGAACGUUAAUGGUCAAUUUCCAACUCGAGACAAUCAGACUCACCAACAGGACUUGCAGAAACUCAAUACUUUGGACUUCAUUUCUGAGGCCAACAAGGUCAUUACUGGCAUACGUGAAAAAUCAUCUUUACUUUCACUAGAUACUAUAUCUCUUGAAGAUUCUUUUCCUCCAGAUGCUUUUCAUCUGUUGUUUGAAAAUCUCGAGCGUGAGUUUCUCAACAUUCUCAUAGGCGUUCCUUCAGGAAAUAGGUUACGCCCUUGCAAAAAUUUUCCAGAGAAUCUUCUGCUCAGCCAUGAAGCUCGGGCCAUACUUGAAGAUUUUUUUACCAGCUUCAAUGAGUUGGGUAUUGCUUCUAACAUGAUGGGUCAAAAGUUCAAACUAAAGUCUUUUUUUAGUGGGAAGCUUUUUAACUUAACUAGUAUUGAACUCAAAACUAUUUUGGAGAUCUUCCCAGUUUUCCUUGUUCUUUUGGCCAAUGAACUAACUCCGGUUCAACAUCAAUUUAUUCAGCUUUGCUGCGAUAUGUUUUGCGUUUUUCGCGUUGCUUACAUGACAGCAAUUCCACGCACUGUUUUGAAGCAGUUGGAGCCAUGCAUCAAAGACAUGGUGAAACGAUUUGAAAAACUAACUACGUCCAACUACACCAAUAGUAGCGUCUGUUGCACUUUGCCCUUACAUACGCUUCUUCAUAUUGUUAAAAUAAUUGAAAGAACUGGGAACCCAAGAGUUCAUUGGACUUGGGACGCUAAGCGCCUAAUCAAAAUUAUAGAUGGAGAUGUUAAUGCAUGUAACAAAUUUCUUACUGCAUUUAACAAUUUAAAAAUGUGGGAAUACAGCUACUCUAUUUUUUUUGCUGCUGCACCUGAGCUUUCAUUUGGAGCCAUUGAGUUGAGACAUCCGUAUACAGACCAAAAUCUCGAAUCGGUUGAUAGUGAUGGAAUUUUUCAUUUAGACCGAAAAAAGAUUGAGAAUCUUAUUAAGCAUAAUGCUAAGAAUCCAACAGCAUUUACACAGUACAAUGAAUGUCAUUUUAAAACCUCAAAAAUGAUUAUUGUAUCGGGUAAUUAUGCUCGACUGGAGCCGGCUCAUAUUAACAAAUUAUCGUUUAUUUGCCGUGUUUUGGAUUUUAUCUCUUAUAGGAAAAAAAAUGGGCGUGUUGUUAAGAUGGCUGUGGUUAAAAAGGCCAAAGUUCGUGAUUUGAAUCACGUUAAGGGCUCUAAAGAGAGCUUUCCAUUCACGGAGAAUGGGGUGGAUCUUUUGGCCUACGGCACUGGCUGCUUGAAAAUGGAGAAUCCUAUGUUGGUGAAUAUAUCUAGGUUGUUGAAUCCCGUUUAUUGCAUUAGUUCUGAUGUGAUUCUUCCGAACAAUAAUGGAACUUCUUCAGUCAAAUUCUUUCUGGAAAAAAAUCGGUUCGCAGCGUACACUGAACCAAAGGGAAUGGUUGAACUUUUCUCUUACGAGAAGGAGGAUCAGGUAAAUAAUGCUUAUAAAGAUAUUUCUUACUCCACUCCUCCUACGACUAAACGAACAUUGUAUAAUCGCCGUAAUGAUUUGAAAAAUAUUUUAACGCAGUAA